CUCUCUAAGAGAGAAUAUAUAUUCAUAUUGAUACAAGAAGACAUGUUUUUAAUUUAAAGAAAAAAACUUGUUUUUAGUCUUCUCUCUUUGGAGGAGGCGAUUGCAGAGAACAACAGCACUCUCCCACACCAAAUUAAGAGAUAGAAAAGGAGAGAAAGAGAAAGAUAGAGAGAGAGAAACGACAGCCUCAGAAACAGCAGACAGAGAGAGAAAGAAAAACAAUUCAAGAUUCAAGAGUGUGGUUUGUUUUUCCUUUUGAUUUUAUCUUUUCUUUUGUUUCUAGAAUCCCACAGAAGAAGAAAACGAUGUCUGAGGGCUUCACACCCUUUUACAGCCUGCAACUAUAAGAGAAAAGCAAGGAGUUUGAAGAGAUAGAAGAUGAUGAUGAAGAUAGAGAUAGUGAUAUGGGAAUAGCAACAACAACACUGCCUCCUGUUACCUCUCACUACAAUUCUCUCCAAUUCUCAAAUUCUAUGUCACAAGAUUAUCAUCAAGGCAUCUUCAGCUUCUCGAAUGGAUUCGAGAGAUCGCAGCAGGAACAGCAGCAGCAUCACAUAGCCCAGCAGAUCCGCCGCGAUAAGCUCCGGGUUCAAGGCUUCGAGCCACCGCCGCCGCCUCUCGUCGGUAUGGAGGAGGAGGAGGCCGUGUAUGAGAACCCCGGUAUGCUAUCCGAGAUGUUCACUUUCCAAUCCGCCGCCGGCACCGCCACCGAAUUGCUCGAGAGCCAGAUUCUUCAGAGCUACCGGAAUCCGAGGGCGGCGGAUUGGUUCCCGCCGCGGCAAGGGAUGGUUGUUGGCGGAGAAUUAGGCGAAACCAAAAAUCAACACCUUCAUCAUCAACCACAACAUCAGAUUCCAAGCAUUAAUGCCGAUUCAGCAGCAGCCAUGCAGCUUUUCCUGAUGAACCCUCAGCAGCAGCAGCAGCAGCCGCGGUCGCCGCCAUCGCCUUCUCCUUCUCAUCCGCCGCCUCAAUCCACUUCCUCCACGCUCCACAUGCUGCUCCCACACCACUCAUCGUCCUCCGCCCAGGCCCUCCACGGCGGCGGAUUCGAGCAAUUCACGUGGCUCCCGGGCAGCGGCAGCGAGAGCAACCCUAUCGUCGAGGGGCAAGGGCUCUCGCUGUCGCUGUCCUCGCACCUCGAGGCCGCCAAGGCCGAGGAGCUCAGGAUGGGGGACGGGAACAUGCUCUUCUUCGGCCAAGGAGGCGCCGCCGCCGCCGCCUCAAUUCCGGCGCAGUACCAAUUGAAGAACCUCGGCGGCGGGAUGACCUCCCCCUACGGCGCGGUGAAUAUGCUCCGCAGCUCUAAAUACGCUAAGGCGGCGCAGGAGCUGCUGGAGGAGUUCUGCAGCGUUGGGAGAGGCCAUUUUAAGAAAAGCAAGCUCCGGCGGCAGAAUAAUAAUAGCAACGAUGGAAUUGGAAACCCUAAUUCCAACCCCAAUUGCGGAAACUCUUCUUCUUCAUCCAAGGAUAAUCCUCCCUUAUCCGCUGCUGAUAGGCUUGAGCAUCAAAGGAGAAAGGUCAAACUGCUAUCGAUGCUUGACGAGGUGGACCGGAGAUACAACCACUAUUGCGAGCAGAUGCAGAUGGUGGUGAACUCAUUCGACAUGGUGAUGGGCUUCGGCGCGGCCGUGCCGUACACCUCCCUCGCACAGAAGGCCAUGUCCCGCCACUUCCGCUGCCUCAAAGACGCCAUCGCCGCGCAGCUCAAGCACAGCUGCGAGCUUCUGGGAGAGAAGGACGCCGGCACGUCCGGCGUCACCAAAGGCGAAACGCCCCGGCUCCGAAUGCUCGACCAGAGCCUCCGGCAGCAAAGGGCGUUUCACCAGAUGGGAAUCAUGGAGCAGGAAGCGUGGAGGCCGCAAAGGGGCCUCCCCGAGCGAUCGGUCAACAUUUUGAGGGCGUGGCUUUUCGAACAUUUUCUGCACCCGUACCCAAGCGAUGCAGAUAAGCAUCUGUUGGCCCGACAGACUGGUCUAUCAAGAAACCAGGUGUCGAACUGGUUCAUUAACGCGAGGGUCCGGUUAUGGAAGCCAAUGGUGGAGGAGAUGUACCAGCAAGAGGCCAAAGACGAGCCCGAGGGCAACGAGCAAGACCGGGAUCAAAGCAGUGGCAGCGCAACGCCCACCACCACUACUCCGCCACCCAUCAGCGCUGCACCGGAAAACGACCCUUCAUUCAUUGCAAUCAAUAGGCAGUGCUACACGGAUAACAACGGCGCAUCCGCCUCUACCUCGGCUGCGGCCGAUGAUUGCCGCGACAUGCAAGUGGCGGGGAGUGCUGAUAAUAUCGGAUCCACGGUCAUACGGUUUGGGGCGAACGCGGGAGACGUUUCGCUCACGCUAGGGCUUCGUCACGCCGGAAACUUGCCGGAGAAGAGUCCCUUCUCUAUUAGGGAUUUUGGGGGCUGUUAAUUAAUUUUCAUUUUAAAAAUACCGGUGCUUUUAAUAAGAAAAUUAAACCCUUGUCGUUUUUUUUCAUAUUUCUUUCUUUUUAUUUUUGUCUCAAGUUAGUUUUUCUUUUUUUUUGUUUUUUCUCUCUAGAGAAACUUAUAAUGAGAAUGGUAGAAACUGAUGAUAGCAAGGUUUACAACGUUUAUUAUAAUUGUAUAGUUGAAAGUUUUGGAUCUUUAUUUUUUAUUUUCUGGUAUUUGAAUUGAA